AUGCAGCUUCUUCCACCCUCUAUUUUCGUUCUCAUCAUAUUAUUGGUGGUUACCGCCGUUGGGGUUUCGACGGCUAUAGACUGCAGAAACGGAAAUGGCGGCUCGAAAGUUGCAUACACCAUUACUGUCAACAAGGACUCCGGCAAGCCUGGCCCCGGAAUAUUUAAUACCAUUCAAGCCGCCAUUGAUUCCAUUCCUCCCUACAACGAUGAAUGGGUUCAAGUUGUAAUUUUUCCGGGCAUAUACAAAGAGAAGGUAAGCAUUCCGUGGGAGAAACAAUGUAUUUUUCUGGAAGGAAUUGAAGGGCGUCAUUGGACAAGUAUUACAUAUGAUGGCCAUGAACAAACAGAUGAGAGUGCUACGUUCACGUCGUCCCCAGAUAAUGUUGUUGUCAAAGGCAUUACCUUCGAGAACUCCUUUAACCUGGAUUUCUACAAUGGAGAAAUGGCAGCAGUGGAAAUAAAACGGGCAUUGGCGGCCAGAAUUUAUGGUGAUAAAUCUGCCUUUUAUGAAUGCGGUUUCUUGGGAUUUCAAGAUACACUGUGGGAUGUAAGCGGACGCCAUUACUUCAACAACUGCUACAUUGAAGGGGGCGUAGAUUUUAUCUGGGGAAAUGGCCAAUCCGUAUAUGAGGAUUGUAUGAUAAAUGUUACAAUAGGUACAUUGUUCCCUCAAGGUUUUCAGGGUUACAUAACGGCACAGGGUCGACAAUCCUCAGAUGAACCAACCGGCUUUGUGUUUAGAAGAGGUAGGGUUUUUGGGAGUGGUCAAGAUUUCUUAGGGAGGGCUUAUGGUCCUUACUCUAGAGUAAUAUUUCAUCAUACUGUCUUCGAUGGAGUGGUAGCCCCUCAAGGUUGGGACGCUUGGAACUACCAAGGGAAAGAGGACCAAUUUACUUAUGCUGAGGUGGGUUGUCGAGGACCUGGAUCCGACACUAUCAAGCGAGUAAAAUGGAUGAAGAAGCUAAAUCGUCCCAAAGAUAUCAAUAAAUUUUCAACAUCAUCAUUCAUCAACCAAGACAAUUGGCUUCAAAGACUACCAUUAUGGUAG